AUGGGUGACCCGAGGCCUCACCCGUCCGCCCACCCCGACGUGGCCCAGAACCGCCAUCACGUGGACUUGGUCACUGCGUGCCGGGUGCUCGUCCUCUCCGUGCUGUCCUUGCUCCCCGCAGACGGCCUCCACAGCGUCUCGGCCCUGUGCACGCUGCGCGUCAUCAUCAUCACGGACGACAUGCUCACCAACAGCAUCACCGUCCGCCUGGAGAACAUGUCCCAGGAGAAGUUCCUGUCCCCGCUGCUGUCCCUCUUCGUGGAGGGCGUGGCCACGGUGCUGGCCACCAGCAAGGACGACGUCUUCGUCUUCAACAUCCAGAACGACACGGACGUGAGCUCCAACAUCCUGAACGUGACGUUCUCGGCGCUGCUGCCGGGCGGCCGCUUCUUCCCGUCGGAGGAGCUGCAGGAGCACAUCUACCUGAACCGCACGCUGCUGGCCGCCAUCGCGGCGCAGCGCGUGCUGCCCUUCGACGACAACAUCUGCCUGCGGGAGCCCUGCGAGAACUACAUGAAGUGCGUGUCGGUGCUGCGCUUCGACAGCUCCGCGCCCUUCGUCAGCUCCGCCACGGUGCUCUUCCGCCCCAUCCACCCCAUCACCGGCCUGCGCUGCCGCUGCCCGCCCGGCUUCACCGGCGACUACUGCGAGACCGAGAUCGACCUGUGCUACUCCAGCCCGUGUGGGGACCACGGCCGCUGCCUCAGCCGCGAGGGCGGCUACUCCUGCGAGUGCUUCCAGGACUUCACAGGGGACCACUGCCAGGUGAACGUCCGCUCGGGCCGCUGCGCCAACGGAGUGUGCAAGAAUGGGGGCACGUGCGUGAACCUGCUGAUCGGCGGCUUCCACUGCAUGUGCCCGCCCGGCGAGUACGAGCGGCCCUUCUGCGAGGUCAGCACACGCAGCUUCCCGCCACGGUCCUUCGUCACCUUCCGGGGCCUGCGGCAGCGCUUCCACUUCACCAUCUCCCUCACGUUUGCUACGCAGGAGAGGAAUGCGCUGCUGCUGUAUAACGGCCGCUUCAAUGAGAAGCAUGACUUCAUCGCCCUGGAGAUUGUGGAGGAGCAGGUGCAGCUCACCUUCUCUGCAGGGGAGACAACGACCAUGGUGGCACCCGUGGUCCCCGGAGGCGUGAGCGACGGGCGGUGGCACUCGGUGCUGGUGCAUUACUAUAACAAGCCCAACAUCGGCCGCCUGGGCCUGCCCCACGGGCCGUCCGGGGAGAAGGUGGCGGUGGUGACCGUGGAUGAUUGUGACACAGCCGUGGCCGUGCACUUCGGCGGCUACGUGGGGAACUACAGCUGCGCUGCGCAGGGCACCCAGAGCGGCUCGAAGAAGUCCCUGGAUCUCACCGGCCCACUGCUCCUGGGCGGCGUCCCCAACCUACCUGAAGAUUUCCCGGUGCACAACCGACAGUUUGUCGGCUGCAUGCGGAACCUGUCCAUCGACGGCCGGAAUGUGGACAUGGCGGGAUUCAUCGCCAACAAUGGCACCAGGGCGGGCUGUGCCGCCCAAAGGAACUUCUGCGAUGGGACCUCAUGCCAGAAUGGGGGCACCUGUGUGAACAGGUGGAACAUGUAUCUGUGCGAGUGCCCGCUCCACUUCGGCGGCAAGAACUGUGAGCAAGCCAUGCCCCAUGCCCAGCACUUCAGCGGGGAGAGCCUGGUGUCCUGGAGCGACCUGGACAUCACCAUCUCUGUGCCCUGGUACCUGGGGCUCAUGUUCCGGACCCAGAAGGAGGAUGGCGUGCUGCUGGAAGCCACGGCGGGCAUGUCCUCGGGGCUCCAUCUCCAGAUCCUGAACCACUACAUCCGGUUUGAGGUGUCUUACGGCUCCUCUGACGUGGCGUCCUUGCAGCUGUCCCGGUUCCGGGUGACCGACGGGGCGUGGCACCACCUCCUGGUAGAGCUGCGGAGCGCCAAGGAGGGCAAGGACAUCAAGUACCUGGCGGUCGUGACCCUGGACUACGGGAUGGACCAGAACACGGUGCAGAUCGGGAACCAGCUCCCAGGGCUGAAGAUGCACAGCGUGGCAGUCGGGGGCGUGUCUGAGGACCAGGUCUCCGUGCGCCGUGGCUUUCGAGGCUGCAUGCAGGGGGUGAGGAUGGGGGAGACGUCCACCAACAUUGCCACGCUGAACAUGAAUGACGCGCUGAAGGUCCGGGUGCGGGAUGGCUGCAGCGUGGAGAACCCAUGCGCCUCGGGCCCCUGCCCCCCGCACAGCCGCUGCCAGGACACCUGGGACGGCUACUCCUGCGUGUGCGACAAAGGGUACUUUGGACAGAAGUGCGUGGACGCCUGUCACCUGAACCCCUGCAAGCACGCGGCGGCCUGCGUGCGCCCCCCAGGCUCCCCGCGGGGCUAUGCAUGCGAGUGUGGACCGGGCCACUACGGGCCGUACUGCGAGAACAAAGUGGACCUUCCGUGCCCCAAAGGCUGGUGGGGCAACCCCAUCUGCGGCCCCUGCCACUGUGCCGUCAGCCAGGGCUUCGAUCCCGACUGCAACAAGACCAACGGCCAGUGCCAGUGCAAGGAGAAUUACUACAAGCCCCCUGCCCAGGACGCCUGCCUGCCGUGCGACUGCUUCCCGCACGGCUCCCGCAGCCGGGCCUGCGACAUGGACACGGGACAGUGUGCCUGCAAGCCGGGCGUCAUCGGCCGCCAGUGCAACCGCUGCGACAGCCCCUUCGCCGAAGUCACCGCGCUGGGCUGCGAAGUGAUCUACAGCGGGUGUCCCAGAGCAUUCGAGGCUGGCAUCUGGUGGCCACAGACCAAGUUUGGGCAACCGGCCGCAGUGCCAUGCCCGAAAGGAUCUGUGGGAAACGCCAUUCGGCACUGCAGCGGGGAGAAGGGCUGGCUGCCCCCGGAGCUCUUCAACUGUACCACAGGCUCCUUCCUGGACCUCAAGGUCAUGAACGACAAGCUGAGCCGCAACGAGACGCAGAUGGACGGCGACAGGUCCCUGAGGCUGGCGAAGGCCCUGCGGAACGCCACGCGCCAGGGUGGCGUGCUCUUCGGCAAUGACGUGCGCACGGCCUACCAGCUGCUGGCCCGCGUCCUGCAGCAUGAGAGCCAGCAGCAGGGCUUCGAGCUGGCCGCCACGCGCGACGUCAACUUCCACCAGGAUGUGGUCCAGGCGGGCAGCGCUCUCCUGGCGCCGGCCACCAGGGCGUCGUGGGAGCAGAUCCAGCGCAGCCAGGGAGGGGCCGCGCAGCUGCUGCAGCGCUUCGAGGCCUACUUCAGCAACGUGGCGCGCAACGUGAGGCGCACCUACCUCAGGCCCUUCGUCAUCGUCACCGCCAACAUGAUUCUUGCAGUCGACGUCUUUGACAAGUUCAACUUCACGGGUGCCCGCGUGCCGCGGUUCGAGGCCGUUCAGGACGAGCUCCCGAGAGGCUUGGAGUCCUUCGCGUCCUUCCCAGCGGACAUCUUCAAGCCACCGGAGAGAAAAGAGGGCCCCGGGGUGAGGGCAGCCAUCCAGAGAGCCGUCCCGACAGCCCGCCCAGAGCCCGGGCCCAGCAGGCGCAGGAGGCACCCGGAGGACCCUGGCCAGUUUGCUGUCGCUCUGGUCAUUGUUUACCGGACACUGGGCCAGCUCCUGCCUGAACGCUACGACCCGGACCGUCGCAGCCUUCGCCUUCCCAGCCGGCCCACCAUCAACACGGCCGUGGUGAGCACCCUGCUGUACAGCGAGGGCCCCCCGCCCCCCGCGCCCCAGCCCGGGCCCGUGCUGGUGGACUUCGCCCUGCUGGAGACGGAGGAGCGGACCAAGCCCGUCUGUGUGUUCUGGAACCAUUCCCUUGACGUCGGCGGGACCGGAGGCUGGUCGGCCAAGGGCUGUGAGCUCCUGUCCCGGAACCGGACGCACGUCACCUGUCGGUGCAGCCACAUGGCCAGCUACGCGGUGCUCAUGGACAUCUCCAGGCGCGAGCACGGGGAGGUCCUGCCUCUGAAGAUCGCCACCUACACGGCCGUAUCCGUGUCGCUGGCAGCCCUGCUGGUGACCUUCGUCCUGCUGACCCUGGCCCGCACGCUGCGCUCCAACCUGCACAGCAUCCACAAGAACCUCACGGGGGCGCUCUUCUCCUCCCAGCUGGUCUUCGUGGUUGGCAUCAACCGCACAGAGAACCCGUUCCUCUGCUCGGUCGUGGCCAUCCUCCUGCACUACGUGUACAUGAGCGCCUUCGCCUGGACGCUGGUGGAGCACCUGCACGUCUACCGCAUGCUCACCGAGCUGCGCAACAUUGACGCCGGGCCCAUGAGGUUCUACCACGUGGUGGGCUGGGGCAUCCCAGCCAUUGUUACAGGACUGGCUGUUGGCCUGGACCCCCAGGGCUACGGGAACCCCGACUUCUGCUGGCUGUCCCUUCAGGACACCCUCAUCUGGAGCCUGGCUGGGCCCAUUGGAGCCAUGAUCCUCAUCAAUACAGUCAUUUUCGUCUUGUCUGCAAAGGUUUCCUGCCAAAGAAAACACCAUUACUAUGAAAGAAAGGGGGUUGUCUCCCUGCUGAGGACGGCCUUUGUCCUGCUGCUGCUCGUUAGCGCCACCUGGCUGCUGGGGCUGCUGGCCGUGAAUGGCGACACGCUCACCUUCCACUGCCUCUUUGCGGCCUUCAGCUGCUUGCAGGGCCUCUUCGUCCUCCUGUUCCACUGCCUGUUCCACAGGGAGGUGCGGAGGCACCUGAGGGCCGCACUGGCUGGGAAGAAGCCGCACCUGGAGGACGUGUCCCCCACCAAGGCCACCCUGCUGACGCGCUCCCUCAACUGCAACCACACGUUCAGUGCGGGCCCUGACAUGCUGCGCACCGCGCUGGGCGAGUCCACCGCCUCGCUGGACAGCACCGCCAGGGACGAAGGGCUCCAGAAGCUCAGCGUGUGUUCCGGGCCGGCACGAGGAGGCCACGGGGAGCCAGAGGCAAACUUCAUCCCCAGGAACCCCAAGAAAACCCACGGCCCGGACUCAGACUCGGACAGCGAGCUGUCCCUGGACGAGCAGAGCAGCUCCUACGCCUCGUCCCGCUCCUCCGACAGCGAAGACGACGGCGGAGACGCCGAGGAGCAGUGGGAGCCAGCCGGGGGCCCUGUCCACAGCACCCCCAAAGCCGACGCUCUGGGCAGCCACGUGCCUGGCGAGUGGCCGGACGAGAGCCUGGCGGGGAGCGACAGUGAGGAGGAGGCGGGCGCCGAGCCCCGGCUCAAGGUGGAGACGAAGGUCAGCGUGGAGCUGCACCGGCCGGAGCAGGGCAACCACCGCAGCGAGCGGCCCCCCGACCGGGGCAGCGGCGGCCUGGCCAAGCCUGCUGCCGAGCAGAGGAAAGGCAUCCUGAAGAACAAAGUCACCUACCCGCCGCCGCUGCCCGAGCAGCCGCUCAAGUGCCGGCUGCGGGAGAAGCUGGCCGACUGCGAGGAGCACAGCCCCGUGUCCUCGCGCACAUCCUCGCUGGCCUCCGGCGAUGGGGUCCGCGCCCCCGAGGGCGUCAUCAGCGUGAAGAUCCCGCGGAGGGAGCCGGGCCGAGAGCACCGCAACGGCGCGGCCAUGAGCGUGUGCACGGGGAGCGCCCAGGCCAACGGCUCGGACUCCGAAGGCAGUAAUGAAACUUCAAUUUGAACCGUCAGGAAACCAUGAGGCACUGGCCGCCCCCCAGCCGCAUGCGUCCCAGCCUGGACCGCAGAGCCCGAGCGCGGCCCCACACAGAUGGUCCGGACACGAAACGCUCGGCUGGGGCGGGGAUUGGGGCCCAUCCGGCGCCCUGAGCAGUGCCAAAGCCACAGGCUUGUGUCAAAGGGAACGAGGCCUCCAGACCGGCAUAGCUCGGUCCUCAGACCACACAGAGCCAAAGCCACGCCACAGGGCCGGCACCCAGGACGACCCUGCUUGGAAGCGCCAGGGCCAGGCCUUGGGCUCACCAGGAUGUUGAGGGCCCCCGGCACAGACGGAAGCCUGGCGGCCGCUGCCAAACCAACCCCAUCUUUUUCAAGUGAAUGACGGUUCAGCCUCUGUGCCUGCUCUGCGCUGGAGACGGAAGCCCGUACCGUGCCUCGGGCAACUGUUGCCACCCGGAGAGCCACGCGUUCACCUGUCCUCCAUUCUGGGAAGCUGCAGACACACUGGUCCCAGCAGCUCCUGGGUGGGGAGAGCUGGGUGGCGAAGUUCAAGCAGAGUCUCUGAGCGUGCUGCGGCUGCUUCCGGAAGGCAGGGGGGGCUCCAGGGCACGAGGGCACAGCAAGGUGGGUGUCCUCCGGCCCAGCAGGACUUCCGUGGGCCCCUCCCAGCAAGCCGGGACUGCGGGGAAUUCCUCUGACUCCUCCAGCUCCUGGUGGAAGCCCAGCAGCGAGGGACAUCUUCCAAGAUGUCCCAUCUUCCUGUCCGCACUCCCCAGGCAGGCUGGGCCCCCCUGGCCUAUGCUGCCAUCUUGCUUUAAUAACCAACUGUGCCGAGACCAUGCCACAGUAUUCUCAUUGGUGACC